AUGGGGCGGUCUAUCUGUCGGCUGAAAGAGCCGUCGUACAAUGCGACAUUUUUUUCGGGCUCGUCCCGAGGACGCAAACUUGUCAAGGUAACUGCCCUUGAAUGCAACAACCCGAUUUUCAAGUCGAAUUCAAGUCCAACUCAACCGCUACUUCGAUUGUGCCGACGGCAUCGGAUCGAGGUGAUUUACCUCGUCUACCAAUCAGCCACGCGCAUAGUCCUCCAGAACGUCGUCAUACAAUAG